GAGCUGGUCCAAUUGCUCAGGCUUUGUCUAUGGGUGCAGAUAUUGUCCUAACUGGUAGAUGUGCUGACAGUGCCAUGGCUCUAGCCCCUUUGAUUCAUGAGGUAAAGUUAGCCAUUUGUUCGUAGUUAAUGAAGCUAUUAAGAUUUGAAGUAUAAAAAAAAAUUAUGAACGUGAAAAUUAUGAACAUAUUAAGUGGAUAUAACAUAGGUAUCAACAUCUGGACAACAUUAAAGUCAUUAAAACCACCUCACAUUAAAUAAGAGCUGUUGAAAUGUUAGGAAGUUAUCAAAUGCAAUUUUUUUAAAAGUAUUUAUCAUUUAUAAUCAUCUAGAUUUAUAUGAAAAUGACCUAUCUGUCAACAGUUUGGUUGGACUAUGGAUCAGUUUGAUCGUCUGGCUGCUGGCAGGUUAGUCGUGUACCCACACAGGAAGUUUUAUUUAUUUAUAUGAUGCUGUGAGAUAUGAUGUUAUUGUUGCUCUCAAUAAUAAACUAUACAAUAUUAUGGAUGCUAACAUUUGAAUAAGAAUGCUAUUUAAAUGUGUAUAUUUGAUGUGUUUCAGCUUAGCUGGUCAUUUAAUUGAAUGUGGUGCACAAGUCACAGGGGGGAUUUUCACUGACUGGCAUCUUGUUGAAGAAUGGUAGGUAAAAAAAAAACAUGUUGGGGGAAAAUAUACUAUUUGUUGUAAUUAAUUAGAAAAAGCUUCAAAAUAUUCCUUGUCAUAAUAAUUAAUUUAAAAUGUUUAUUUUUAUGUGACCAUAACAACAAUGUAAAAAAAUCUUUAUUUUACCCAUAGAUGUAUUUUUUGUCUGCUGUAAAAUGAUUUUUUUUUUUUUUUUUUACAAGAUACUUUAAUAAUAUCGCAUGUUGUUGUGCUAAAAGCUGUUAGCCUAAUUAAGGAGAAUAUGAAUUAGGAAUGAUGGGGUCAAGUUUCCAAGAAAACUUGUAAAUUGUAUGAAUAAAACAGUGCAAUGCAGAUUUUUCAUUAAGCUCGACAUUGAGUACAUUAAAAUGUGAUAUGUUUAAUGUUUAUUAACUAAAGUGUGCCAUAAGAUAUUUGUAUCCAGCUUGUAGAUCUAUAUCAGGAUAUAUAAUAAACGAGCGUCACUCACUGCUGUUGAAAAGAUAUUAAGACAUUCAACUUUUCUAACACGUUUCAUAGCGUCAUAUGUACAUAAUGUAUAUGUUUUGUGGUUGAUAUGUUUGGGAAAAUGCCAUAUUCCCUUAUAUUUAUAAUGAUUUUGUAUGCAGGGACCACAUAGGUUUCCCUGUAGUCACAGUUGGUUCUGAUGGUAACUUCACUGUAAGCAAGCCCCAGAAGACUGGUGGUAUUGUCAACAGAGGCACUGUAGCAGAGCAAUUGCUGUAUGAAAUCGGAGACCCUGCACAAUACUUCCUGCCUGAUGUUGUGUGUGACUUCAGGCAGGUGGCUAUAGAUGAGCUACCCAAUAAUACGGUGUAUGUGGAGGGGGCUAGAGGGAACCCACCUUCUGGAGAGUACAAGGUUUGUCUAUAA